GCGCUAUAUAUGCGGACUGGAUACUCCAAAGCUCAGCGACCCAACUCGUGUCUCCAUUCUCUCUAAUCUACGGCUCACCUGACUACUUACACCAUCUUGCGCGAGAGAAUCAGCUCCCCGUUCAUCCGUUGCACAUGGAAGGAAACACAGGCAACCAAUCUGAGGUUGCCGUGGUUACAGGAGGGAACAGAGGAAUUGGGCUGGAAAUAUGCAGGCAACUCGCUUCCAAUGGAGUCACGGUGGUACUGACGGCGAGGGAGGAGAAGAGGGGCGCCGAAGCAGUCAGCAUCCUUGGCUCGCUUGGGCUGCCCAACGUUGCGUUUCAUCAACUGGACAUCAGCGAUCCAUCGAGCGCUCUACGCUUAGCUGAUUUUGUCAAAGAGAAGUUUGGCAAGCUGGAUAUAUUGGUCAACAAUGCAGCAAUUGAUGGGACGAUAAGUGAGGUUGGCAACCCCGAAACUUUCCGGCAAGAGGUCGCAGGAAUGGAUCUCGUGGAAAAGAUUGGUAGAAUCAGAAAGCACAUCAGGGAGCCUUACAAACAAGCAGAGGAGUGCUUAAGGACCAACUACCAUGGGACCAAAGCUGUCACAAAAGCAUUGCUUCCUCUCCUACAUUCCUCAUCCAAUGGAAGAAUUGUUAACAUAUCAUCUCGCUAUGGACUACUCAGGUUUUUCAGUGGAGAGGAACGCAAACAGGAGCUCAACGACAUCGACAAAUUGUCUGAACAGAGACUGGAUGAGCUGUCAGAAUUGUUCCUCAGGGACUUCAAGGAUGGCCAACUGGCGCAUCGCGGGUGGCCUGCGGAAGGAGGGUAUAUUGCAUACAAAGUGUCCAAGGCUCUCAUGAAUGCUUACUCCAGGAUCCUUGCAAAGGAGCAUCCAUCGUUGUGUAUCAAUUGCGUGCAUCCUGGUUUUGUCCAAACAGACAUGAGCUUCCAAGUUGGAGAUCUGACAGUCGAGGAGGGCGCGAGGGGAGCGCUCUUGAUGGCGCUGACGCCAAAGGGAGGCAUGACUGGUGGGUACUUGAACCGCACAGAGGUCGUGCCAUUCAUUUAAUAUGCUUGCAGCUAUGACUGCGGAUCAAUGCUGGUAAAUUUUAGUCUCCCUCUUAAAGAAGUAAAGAUAUUCAGAAAUAGUGUAAAAGUCUGAGAUUACAUUCUUUAUCUAAAAGAUAACAAAAAAAAGGCUGCUGGUAAGCCUCUUCUUUUUCUUCCUUCCCUUUCAUGGGAUGUCAAGAAAAACUUUGUGCAAUGGACUAGGAAUGAAGAAGAAUGUUAACACCAGUACUCUCAUUUCAUAGUCAUGAAUGAAUCCAGACCUCAUACAGGGGGGAAAAAACGUGCAUGUGUUACAAUCACAGACUGACAAAAACCAAGCUGUCAGAGGCAGAACAAGAGAAGGCGAGGAAGAAUAACAUAUAUUUGCAAACUACUAGCUGAAAAUUGCAGGGAUCGUGUAUAAAGAUAUAUGGUUCUAUUUUUUCUUUGCUUCACUGGUAACGGUUGUUCUAUGCCCGCUUGUGGGGGAGGCGCUUCCUACUCUGCCUCCCCUGCAUCCGCCGGCGGCUCCGGCGCAGCCUCCGUGGCCUCGUUCUUCUUCUGCGCCGUCUGGAUGAGGUGGUUGUAGCUGCCCUUCUCCUUGAACAGCUGCGAGAAAUGGAUCUUGCAGUAGAGGAUGCCGUUGAGCGCGGCGUAGGAGGAGGUGGUCAGGAUGCAGCCCCCGUGCGAGCACUUGAAGCAGCUCUUGUGGUACGACUCGCCUUCCAACGUCAUCUGAACAAGAAGAUCAAGCGCGUUGAGAUUAUUAGCUGUUCUGAUUUGUUUUUUUAAACAAGCUGUUCUGAUUUGAUCAGGUAAAUUAGAUUAUUUUAACA